AUGCGCCCCGCGACUUUUCCAGCCCGCUCUUGCGUCCCGACUUGUUCCAUAACUUUGCUUGUUACGACCGAUUGCACGACCCAAGCCAAAAUGUCCGAUUCUACCGUUGUCCGUCCUCCUCCCAGCGCCAUUUCCAGGCCGCUUAGCGAGUCUCUUCUCAAUGAGAAGUGGGACCGCUGCCUCUCCAACCUCCUCGUCAAGUCAUCCCUCGGUCUCGGUUUUGGUGUCGUUUUCUCUGUCCUCCUGUUCAAGCGAAGAGCAUGGCCCGCCUUUGUCGGCGUUGGCUUCGGUGCCGGCCGUGCCUACGAGGAGUGCAACUUUAGCCUGAAGCAGGCUGCGCGAGACUUGAAGAAGCAGACCGCAUAA